AUGAACUACCCCCUUCACUACUGUUACUGCAGACGUCGUUCACAAGUGUACAAGAACUACGAAGAGGGCGAGGCGGCGAGAUUUCAGGCCGCGACGCUCAAUACUAUCAACAAGCAGCUCCCAGACCUACUCAACGACACUCGCAAACUUUUCGAUAGUGGCAAAGAGCGCAAUCAUGCCAUCGCCAGUAGUGUCAGGCAAAUGGCUGAAUCAUACACCGUACAGCACAACGCCAACAGCAUCAACGCAGCCGUGUCUUCCUCAGGCAAGUCCAUCUCCUCAGCCGCCGACUCCAUCAAGACAGCUGCGAAGGAGCUCGUUCCGGAAAUUAAGCAGGUGAAUCGCAACCUGGAGAGUAUUCGCGAGGAGCUCUGGCGCACCACGUCUGGCGGCGCGGGCAAAGGCGGAUUCGCUGAAGUGGUGUAUAACUUUGUCGAUAUGGAGGCCGGGAGAUGUCAGUAUGAGAAUGACUGCUUUCUUUUCAAGGACAAGCCGCUGCCGUCGACGUUUAUGGGCGGGUCGGAUUGUCUAGACCGGUUUGUGUAUUGCGAUGAAGGCGAUUCGGCAGGGCAUGAAGGAGCAGGGCAAGGGUCCCAGCAAAAAACCCUACUUUUCAUAUUUUUGAUUCCGUCCUGGUACAAUAUAGCAAUUACGGAUCCUCUUCAUUUUCCGGAUGAAAUUCUUCCUUUGAGACUGGUAGGACCAAAACAUGAUGGAGGCAAACCCCCUCGUCAGAGAACCUUGGCUCUACAAGCUGUAGGGAAUAACUUUCAAGAGAAACUCCUUAAUCGGGGUGCGGCAAAAGUCGUGGGGGGAGUGACAGAAUUCUCAUCGGCCUUUGGAGGUUUCGCUGCUGGGGCCGUCACGGGGGAUAUUGCCGUGGGAACCACGGGUGCUUGGGUCACCAUCAACUGA